GCGCUCACCUGUAGCAGGUGCUCAGAACCCAGAGCAGCGGGGAAGACAGCGGGCUCUGCGGGGUGAUAAGAUGCUGCGGGAGCGGACGGUGCGGCUGCUGUACGGGAGCCGCGUGGAGGCGGUGUACGUGCUGGGCACGCACCUCUGGACCGAUGUCUACAGUGCAGCCCCUGCUGGAGCCAAAACUUUCAGCCUGAAGCACUCGGAGGGGGUGAAGGUGGAGGUGGUCCGUGACGGGGAGGCCGAGGAGGUGGUCAGCAAUGGCAAGCAGCGCUGGGCCCUCUCGCCCAGCACCACAUUGCGGCUCAGCAUGGCCCAGGCCAGCACAGAGGCCAGCAGCGACAAGGUCACUGUCAACUACUAUGAUGAAGAGGGCAACGCCCCCAUUGACCAGGCUGGGCUCUUCCUCACAGCCAUCGAGAUCUCGCUGGAUGUGGACGCGGACCGGGACGGCGAGGUGGAGAGGAACAACCCUAAGAAGGCGUCCUGGACCUGGGGUCCUGAGGGCCAGGGGGCCAUCCUGCUGGUGAACUGUGACCGAGACACGCCCUGGUUGCCCAAGGAGGACUGUAGUGAUGAAAAAGUCUACAGCAAGCAAGACCUCAAGGACAUGUCUCAGAUGAUCUUGCGGACCAAAGGCCCUGACCGCCUGCCCGCCGGCUAUGAAAUAGUCCUCUACAUUUCCAUGUCGGACUCGGACAAAGUGGGCGUGUUCUACGUGGAGAACCCGUUCUUCGGCCAGCGCUACAUUCACAUCCUGGGCCGGCAGAAGCUCUACCACGUGGUGAAGUACACAGGUGGUUCUGCGGAGUUGCUGUUCUUCGUGGAAGGUCUCCGUUUCCCCGAUGAGAGCUUCUCAGGCCUGGUCUCCAUCCACGUCAGUCUGCUGGAGUAUAUGGCCGAGGGCAUCCCAUUGACACCCAUCUUCACAGACUCGGUGAUGUUCCGGAUUGCACCGUGGAUUAUGACCCCCAACAUUCUGCCUCCCAUCUCGGUGUUCGUGUGCUGCAUGAAGGACAAUUACCUGUUCCUGAAAGAGGUGAAGAACCUGGUGGAGAAAACCAACUGUGAACUGAAAGUCUGUUUCCAGUACAUGAAUCGCGGAGACCGCUGGAUCCAGGAUGAAAUCGAGUUUGGCUACAUUGAGGCACCCCACAAAGGCUUCCCAGUGGUGCUGGACUCCCCUCGAGAUGGAAAUCUGAAGGACUUCCCUAUUAAGCAGCUCCUGGGCCCAGAUUUCGGCUAUGUGACCCGGGAGCCCCUCUUUGAGAAUGUCACCAGCCUCGACUCCUUUGGGAAUCUGGAGGUCAGUCCCCCCGUGACGGUGAACGGCAAGACAUACCCUCUUGGCCGGAUCCUCGUCGGGAGCAGUUUCCCUCUGUCCGGAGGCCGGAGGAUGACCAAGGUGGUGCGUGACUUUCUGCAGGCCCAGCAGGUGCAGGCUCCUGUGGAACUCUACUCCGACUGGCUGACUGUGGGCCACGUAGAUGAGUUUAUGACCUUCGUCCCCAUCCCAGGCACAAAGGAAUUUCGGCUGCUCAUGGCCAGCACCUCAGCCUGCUACCAGCUCUUCCGAGAGAAGCAGAAGGAAGGCCAUGGGGAGGCCAUUAUGUUCAAGGGCCUGGGGGGCAUGAGCAGCAAACGAAUCACCAUCAACAAGAUCCUGUCCAAUGAGAGCCUCACGCAGGAAAACCAGUACUUCCAGCGCUGCCUGGAUUGGAACCGUGACAUCCUCAAGAAGGAGCUGGCACUGACUGAAAGGGACAUCAUUGACCUGCCCGCUCUGUUUAAGAUGGAUGAAGACCGCCAGGCCAGGGCUUUCUUCCCUAACAUGGUGAACAUGAUUGUGCUGGACAAGGACCUGGGCAUCCCCAAGCCUUUCGGGCCCCAGAUAGAGGAGGAGUGUUGCCUGGAGACACAUGUUCGAAGCCUACUGGAGCCCCUGGGCCUUGCCUGCACUUUCAUUGAUGACAUCUCUGCCUACCACAAGUUCCUGGGAGAGGUGCAUUGUGGCACCAACGUCCGCAGGAAGCCCUUCACCUUCAAGUGGUGGCACAUGGUGCCCUGACUGGCAGGGGCCCUGGCCCUCCCUCUUCCCCUGUAAUCUCCAGGUCCUUCCUGUGCCCCCAAGUCCUCCCCCUUCAAGAAGUGGGUGGGAUUGGGGGGUACUUGUGCCUUGUCGUCCCUGGCUAAGGGUCUCAGUGUCCACUGGAGUCAUCCCCAGGAAGCCCAACCAUCCCCCUGGAAAUAGCUGGACUCAUGAUUAGUGUGCAGAGCUCUGGCAGGUAAAACCAGACUUCAUGUAGUCAGACCGUUCCUCAAGAAUUCUCAGCCUCUGUUCUAGAUCAGAACGAAGGGAGAAAGAAAGGAGGUUCUGAGGUCACUGGGUCUUCCAGCACCAUUCUCUGAUAGGUAGACCACGGGGCCAGGGUCCUGGUGUACCUUGGACAGCACCAUCAUCUCCCAUUCGCCUCCCUCCAACCAUUCAUUCCUCAUUCACCCUCUCCUGGCUUCCUGGACACAGAGUCCCCACUCCCUGAGGGUCCAAUCGUUCUGCUUAGAAUCUUCUGGAAAUAGAUCUUAGCCAAAGAGAGUUCUUCACCCGCUGUGGAUGCAGGCUGCCCAAAUUUGGGGGGGGGGCUGUAGUGAUAUAUUGUGUACCCUCAUAAACUUGCAUGGGGAUCGGAGGACAGAGCCAGCCACUAGAUUA